AUGUUUUUUCUACAAUUAACUUUAAUUACUUUUAUCUCUUGUAUAAGUCUUUACUAUGUAAAUGGAAAUGAGAAGGUUUUCUCAGACAACAUCACCCGCAUCUUGGACCGACUUUUGGAUGGUUAUGACAACAGACUGCGGCCAGGAUCAGGAGGUGGUGUUACAGAGGUGAAAACAGAUAUAUUUGUCACCAGCUUUGGACCCGUUUCAGAUGUGGAGAUGGAGUACACCAUGGACAUGUUCUUCCGCCAGAUGUGGGUGGAUGAGCGGCUUAAAUUUGAGGGCCCAACUGAGAUCCUGCGUCUAAACAACAAGAUGGUGGACAAGAUCUGGACCCCAGACACUUUCUUCCGCAACUCCAAGAAGUCCCUCUCUCAUAACAUGACCACGCCAAACAAACUCUUUCGCAUCAUGCAGAAUGGGACAGUACUCUACACCAUGAGGCUGACAAUCAGUGCAGAGUGUCCAAUGAGACUGAUGAACUUUCCCAUGGACGGACAUGCCUGUCCUCUCAGAUUUGGAAGCUAUGCCUACACAAGCAGUGAAAUCAUCUUUACCUGGAGAAAGGGACCAAUAGCAUCAGUUGAUUGUCCUAAAGAGUCAAUAAGUCUCCUGCAGUAUGAUCUGGUUGGACAAACUUUGUCGAGCGAGAUAUUCAAAUCAAACACAGGUCAAUACUCUGUGCAGGUGGUCCACUUCCACCUCCAGAGGAAGCUGGGCUACUACCUCAUACAGACGUACAUCCCUCUUAUAAUGGUGGUAGUGCUGUCACAAGUCUCCUUUUGGAUCAACAAAGAGUCUGUUCCUGCACGCACAGUUGCUGGCAUUACUACAGUGCUGACCAUGACCACCCUGAGCAUCAGUGCACGUCAAUCACUGCCCAAAGUAGCAUACGCUACUGCUAUGGAUUGGUUCAUCGCUGUGUGCUUUGCUUUUGUGGCAUCGGCUCUUGUUGAGUUUGCAGCGGUGAACUACUUUGCCACCCUGCAGGCCCAUCACCUUAAAAGGAAAAAGGCAAGACAGGACAAGCUGGAGAUGUUGGCUAGCACCACUGAUGAUGGGGAAACAGUUUCGUCUGAUGGCAGCCCUCAGGAAGGCCUGAAGAAGAGAAACCAUUCACUGGCUCGCAGUGAGCAGGGAGAUGCUCCUCCACUGCCCAUUUUCCUCCAGCAGGGCUCAGCUUUUCCUCAGAUCCCACAGCUGGCUGGAACUAGCCCCAUAGACAAGUACUCCCGCAUCCUUUUUCCCCUCGCCUUCGCCCUGUUCAACGGGGUCUACUGGUACAUCUACCUGGCCAAGGACACCAUGGAGAGAGCCAGGGAUGUGGAUGUUCAAAGCUAAGAGGACCUGGAAAAGGGCACGUGCAGCCAGAGAGACCUUCAGCAUCCAGCCUGCCUCACUUCACCCUCCUCUCUCUCUCUCUCUCUCCUCUCUCUCUCUGUAUGUGAACAAGCUCUCAGCAGUCUCUCUGCUCUCAUCCGACAGAGGAAAUGAAUCAGAAACUCAUUUAUUCUACUGCCACACAUCUAUUCAUUUCACAGGCUGUGACCACUGCCCACUUGUGCUCUGAUCAGAAGCUGAAGAGCUGCCCUUCACGGGGUCCUCAAUCACUUUAAAGCGCAUACAUAACAACAUCUCCGGCCCCUGGAUCAAGAAACACACAUGUAUAGUAUAUCCUAUAUAUGACACACUUAAGACACAUGCAGACCCCAGAAACACAU